UGCGCCGGGCCAAACGCGGGCGGAGCCUAGAGCUGGCGGACUCGGACUGGGCCCCGGGAGGGUGGGACGGACCGCGGCGCGGCUGGGGCGCUGGAACCGCACGCAUGGAGGACGACGAGGAGGAGAUCACUGCCGCCACGCUGCGGAACGUGACCCGGCCGCCGCCCAUCUCGGCGCUGUCGUCCUUUAGCUACAUCCCGCCGCGGCGCCUGGACCCCAAGGAGCACAGCUACUACUACCGCCAGGGCCAGAUAGGAGUUACUUCCCUCUAUGACUGUGUUUUUAAGCGGAGCUUAGAUUAUAAUCAGAAGUUGCACCGAGAUGACAGAGAACACGCAAAAAGCGUGGGACUUCAUGUUAACGAAGAGGAACAGGAAAGGCCCGUGGGCGUGCUGUCGUCUUCUGUCUACGGGAGGCGCAUCAAUCAGCCCCUGGAGCCGCAGAACACGGAGCACCGCCGCGCAAACCGAGUGCGGGCUGACUUCUACAGGAAGAACGACAUCCCCAGCCUCAAGGGGCCCGGCUUUGGGUACAUCAGGCCAGCCUGAAGCGAUCCCUGUGGCCUGCAGGGCAUGUCAAGUGCCCCUGGCCAGCAGGACGGCCCCUGCAGCCUCACUUCCCCUUUGCAUGCCGCCUGGGAGCCGCAGUGGGCCUUCCCUCGCCCCUGACAGCGCAUGAGCAGCUGUCCCUGAGGCCACCUUGCUUAGGAACCGGGCCAAAGGCCUUUAAUACACAUUAAGAAUAGCUAACAUGAUGGUGUUUAUCUGAAUUUAUUUCAGACUAAAUGGCACUGGAAACCGAUUCAUUGUGAGCACCUGAAUAAAAUGCACGCUUUGUUCCCAUG